AUGGCUACACUGUCGAACAAAGUGAUUGCAGCAGAGCAGACAGAGAUUGAGAGAGUUGACUACCGAGGCGGCGACCAUCCUAAGGACGCGGAACUCGACGGCGUCUCCCUCCUCUCCACCGCUUGCGCCUCCAUCGAUCUUAGCUCGCUCGCUUCGCAGGACAAUUUGUGGAGGAACGUCUGCCGGUCAACGUGGCCGUCCACCGAUCUCCCCUGCCUCCAGGAUUUUAUCUCCGCAUUCCCCGGCGGGCACCGCUCCUUCUUCUCCGCCUCGUUUCCUCUGGUGGCCUCCAAUAUGGAGCCCCACGCCAAGCCGCCGGCGCAUUCUCAAGCCGAGCCGGAGAGAUUCACGGAGGAGCUGAUCUCCUCCAUGGACAUCUACCACCGCAGAGAGCUGAUUUUCAACAGGGCGACGGAGACGGCGAGCAGCUGGUUCCGCAGCUCGCCCUUUUGGGUCGACCUGCUGGACCCGAAUGACACGUGUCUGACCUGGAUACCGCGCUUCGAGACGGAGGGCGCGUGUGGGGAGCUGGAGGAGGAGCUGACGUUGAGCUGGGUCCUGAUCGACCUGGCGGGUCGCCGGGCGGUGAACGUGUCGAGCCACAGGCCCAUAUCGGUACUACAGAGGCACUGGCUGAGCGGGACGAUGGAUACGCUAUGCGUGGCUUCUGCCAUCUUCAUCUUUGCUUUUCUUGCCCUGCUUCUUAUGUGGAGACGAUGA